CUUUAAUCUCUGAUAAAAAUCCUCAGGAUAUCAAAGUUAUCGACUUGGAUGUCAAAUCGAGUGAUUCUCUUCAAGAUACAGUUGACUUAGUUUUUUUGAAAGUUGAUUACAAAUCGCGAUACUGA